GCAAUAUCCCAUCCAAUCAACCAUGGCACUAAAUAAUUGGAUGUAACCAUUAACUAUGUGAUAAGAAAGUCCUACCUAAUAAAUUUCUGCAAACUUUUUUUUUUCAGAAACCUAUAUAAGAGAUUUUAAAAAUUUUUGAUACCGCGAACGAAAACAUUCACGGCAUUGUGACGCGGCCUCGUAGCAAUUUGUUAAAAGGCAAAAAGAAAAAAAAAACUGCUCGAAUUCUUAUUUGGACGAGGAAGACCAAAGCCGCGAGUAGAAAAUGGAAGAGUAUUUGCAGUACAUGAAAACUCUCCGAUCUCAGAUCAACGAUGUGGAGGAUCAAGCCGCCAACGUUUCAGCUGAAGAGCAGAUCCACUUUACUACUAUUCAAACCUUGCAAAAUGAUAUCCUUUCCGCAAAAUCCAUGAAACAACAACUUAUAGAAGAUAUCGAGAAGAUGCUGACAGCAAAGGGCCAAUUAUGUUCGCUGAUAAUUGAGAAACAGAGAAAAAUAGCCUCUCUAGACUCUGAUUCAACUACACUUGCCCAGACACUGGAGCUUAUUCAACAUGAAAAAAUCAGUUUAUCUUCCAAAUUACUAGAAAAGAGUGCUUACUACUCCAAGGUGGUCGAGGAUCUUUCUUACAAAUUGCAGCAACAACAGGACUGGGUCAAAUCUCAGAAACAUAGAAGACAAAUGGAAGAGCAUGAUUUGGUCAACAAUAAACUUGACGAGAAAAUGACUGAAUCUGAAGGUAACAUUAGUGUUGGAAACUGUUUGAUCACGGACAAUGAGGUAAAAACCUUGAAUGACUUGAUUAUCAAGUUGGACUUGGAAAAAGCCAAGCUAGAUGGGAUUAAACAAAUGAAAGCCAAACUCGUGAGAGAUAAUAAAAAGAUUAAGGAGUCUAUUGAGCAAGCAAAGCUCGGAUCAAACCAUUUUAAGCCGGAGCUGUUGGAAAUAAGUGUAAUGGCACUUGAAGAAGAAUACAAAGCACUUCUAUCAGAUAAAGACGGAGAAACUGAGUAUCUUUGCUCACUGCAGGACCAUCUUGAACAAAUAAAGGGGAUUUCUCAUGUGAUUAAAUGUGCCUGUGGAGAGGAAUACAUGUUGGACUUUCGUGCCUGAUCAGGUAAUGUACAACUCAAAACUGAUAGGCUAAUAUGGUAAAAAUGUUAAUAGGCUUGAACCAAGGGAGCCAUUUAUCACAAGUAAAUGCUGAAUAUUUUACUGGAGAAUGAAUAUCAGACACAUGCCAUUGCUUUCAUAUUAUGUGCCAAUAUUGGUUCAUGUGCUCUUGUGCCAGUUACCUACCCCAGCCAUUUUGAAAUGCACCUGUUGAGUUCGUAGUCCUUUGGUAUGCCAUUGCUUAACCUGAAAUGGGAAAAAAAAGGAAAAAAUUAAAUGGGGAGUUAAAAUGAGAAGACGGGAUUAGGGGAGUGGAAAGAAAGAGAGAGAGAGCAGCAAAAACCUUAGAAGAAAAUGGAAGAAUUGAAGAAAAUAAAAGAGAAAAACCAGAGAAUAAAUUUUGAUAGAGAAAAUGAAGAAGGAAUUGGG